AUGACGAAAACAUACGAAAAUAUGAAUAUGAAAGCUAGGGCGUUCCCUCCAAGCUACUCGCAGGGUGUAGACCUCCAUCCCGUGAAAAUAUAUUCUCCUCAAACUGGUUGCAAAGAAGAAGAAAAGGAUAGAGCUAUCCUUGAUGAAGCUGUAAUGGAAAUCCCUAAGGAUGAUUUAGCCAUAAUAGGUGGAGACUUAUAUGCGCAUGUGGGGAAAGCAAGAGAUAGCUACAAAAGACAUCAUGAUGGUUUUGGAUAUGGAGAAAGAAAUGAUGAAGGAGAGCAUGUACUGAAAUUUGCGCAAGCCUUCGACCUUGCCUUAACCAACACUUACUAUAAGAAAAAGGAUAGUCAUUUAAUAACAUAUGAAGGUGGUACAAGGAAAACCCAGUUAGAUUACAUGCUUAUCUCUAGCAGAAGAUUAAAAGAUGUAAUAGACUGCAAAGUCAUCCCAGGAGAAGAUUUUGAUGCGCAACACAAGCUGCUAGUCAUGGAUUUACACCUCACAAAUAAAUACACUCAAAACAUAAUAAAACUUGAACCAUACAUCAAAUGUGGUAGAUUUUAA